AUGUGCCCGGACAAGCACCUGGCGCUCAAGCCUGUGAGGCUUGGAGGCGGCUGGCAGUGUGGGCACUCCAUCCUUGAUCCUUCUUGGAGCACUUCUACUCAGCUUCACUGGGUUGCCGGCGACGGGCGCGUGACCGUCUGGGUCCGCCCCCCGCAGAAGGCGAAGAAGGCGGAGGCGUCCGAGGCAAAGCCCGAGGCGCCCCGCUCCGCGGCGCUGCGGGCUGGGCGCUGA